UGAGCGGUGACAGACGUAAAAAAAGUUCAGUGGACGUCGGGCUCUACCACGCUUUCUUUUUUUUUUUUAUCGACCAAGGUUAUUGGUGGGUUGUUUUUUUUAAUCUUAGGACACCUCACAGGACCGACGUUUUAAUAACAUGGGAAAAGAAAAUAUACGUUUUUUCGCUGCUUGGAUCAUUUUGGGAAAAGUCUUUGCAACUUUUUCUUCUGACCCUGAACACACCACCGUUAAUGCCUAUGUGAACAGCACCGCCACCCCUCCCGCCCUGCCCACCACCACUGAAUGGAUCAGGGACUACGCUGGCAUCGUGUCCAAGUUCUCCCUGCGCACAGCCGACAUUCCCGAUGAUGACAUGUGCUACCUGGUGGCCGGCAGACCCGAAAGCAUCCAGGAGUGUGAAUUCAACCCUGGCAUGCAAACCUUUGUCAUCAUCCACGGCUGGACGGUGACGGGCAUGUUUGAGAGCUGGGUGCCCAAGCUGGUGUCGGCUCUCUACGAGCGCGAGCCCGGCGCCAACGUCAUCGUGGUGGACUGGCUGACGCGGGCCAAUCAGCACUACACCACCUCUGCCGCCUACACCAAGCUGGUGGGCCGUGACGUGGCCAAGUUUGUCACCUGGAUUCAGAAGGAGCUGCACCUGUCCUGGGAGAAGAUCCAUCUGCUGGGCUACAGUCUGGGGGCGCAUGUGGCCGGAAUUGCUGGAGACCUGACAGACCAUAAGAUCAGCAGGAUCACAGGACUGGAUCCCGCCGGCCCCACCUUCGAGCACGCCGAGGACCAGGACACCCUGUCCAGAGACGACGCCCAGUUUGUGGACGUCCUGCACACCAACACCCGAGGCUCACCAGGCCGCAGCAUCGGCAUCCAGAAGGCGGUGGGACACAUCGACAUUUACCCCAACGGAGGCACCUUCCAGCCGGGCUGCAACAUCCAGAACACCCUGAUGGGAAUCGCGCUGGAAGGCAUCAAGGGCUUACAAAACAUGGACCAGCUGGUCAAGUGUUCCCACGAGCGCUCCAUCCACCUAUUCAUCGACUCGCUGCUGAACACGCAGCAGCAGAGCGUGGCCUUCCGCUGCAGCUCCAAGGAGGCGUUCAACAAGGGCCUGUGCCUCAGCUGUCGCAAGAACCGCUGCAACAAGAUCGGCUACAACAUCAACAAGGUGCGCACCACGCGCAGCGCCAAGAUGUACCUGAAGACGCGGGACAUGAUGCCGUACAAAGUGUUCCACUACCAGGUCAAGAUGCAUCUGUUCAGCAAGGACAGCCUCAGCUUCACCGAGCAGCCCAUCAAGGUGUCCUUGUACGGAACCCACGGAGAGAAGGAAGACAUCCCUCAUGUCCUGCCCGUCAUGAACGCCAACACCACCCUGUCCUUCCUCAUCACCACCGACAUGGACAUGGGCGACCUGAUGAUGGUCAAGCUGCGCUGGGAGAAGGACGCCAUCAUCAGCUGGUCAGACUGGUGGGGCAGCAGCAGGUUCCACGUCCGCAAACUGCGCAUCAAGUCUGGAGAGACCCAGUCCAAGAUCAUCUUCAGUGCCAAGGAAGCAGAGUUUGCUGACCUGCUGAGAGGUGGAGAAGCUGCUGUGUUUGUCAAGUCCAAAGAAGACAACAUGAGCCGCAAAGAAAAACUGAUGCACAAGAUGAAGACGCAGGGCAGCCUCUUUGCUCACAACGCUUGAUGCACUUGGAGACACGCCCCCAAGCCCCCCCAUCACCUCCAGAAGCCAGCCCACUUUAGCAAUCCAACACACACACACGUCACGCCAACACUGCCUUUCACCUUUCACCUCUACUGCUGAAAACAAAGUUACAAGUUUGCAAUCUUUGUUUUUAUAAUCCAUGCAGAGCAAUGAUGGCCUGUAUGAACUUUGGAUUACUUUGAUUCAGAGCGACAGGCAUCAUUUCAUUUUUUGUAGCAUUUUGUCCCUUUAACCUAACCACCCCUAGACAUGGACCCAACCACUACCCGCCACCCUCAGACAUAGACCCAACCACUACCCGCCAACCCUAGACAUGGACCCAACCACUACCUGCCAACACUAGACAUGGACCCAACCACUACCCGCCAACCCUAGACAUAGACCCAACCACUACCCGCCAACCCUAGACAUGGACCCAACCACUACCCGCCAACACUAGACAUGGACCCAACCACUACCCGCCAACCCUAGACAUGGACCCAACCACUACCCGCCAACCCUAGACAUGGACCCAACCACUACCCGCCACCCCUAGACAUGGACCCAACCCCUUCCGCCAACCCUAGACAUGGACCCAACCACUACCCGCCACCCUUAGACAUAGACCCAACCACUACCCGCCACCCCUAGACAUAGACCCAACCACUACCUGCCACCCCUAGACAUGGACCCAACCACUACCUGCCACCCCUAGACAUGGACACAACCACUACCCGCCAACCCUAGACAUGGACCCAACCACUACCCGCCACCCUUAGACAUAGACCCAACCACUACCCGCCACCCCUAGACAUAGACCCAACCACUACCCGCCACCCCUAGACAUGGACACAACCACUACCCGCCAACACUAGACAUGGACCCAACCACUACCCGCCACCCCUAGACAUGGACCCAACCACUACCCCUAGACAUGGACCCAACCACUACCCGCAACCCCUAGACAUAGACCCAACCACUACCCGCCACCCCUAGACAUAGACCCAACCACUACCCGCCACCCCUAGACAUGGACACAACCACUACCCGCCAACACUAGACAUGGACCCAACCACUACCCGCCACCCCUAGACAUGGACCCAACCACUACCCCUAGACAUGGACCCAACCACUACCCGCAACCCCUAGGCAUAGACCCAACCACUACCCGCCACCCCUAGACAUGGACACAACCGCUAUCCGCCACCCCUAGACAUGGACCCAACCACUACCUGCCACCCCUAGACAUGGACCCAACCACUACCCACCACCCCUAGACAUGGACCCAACCACUACCCGCCACCCCUAGACAUGGACCCAACCACUACCCGCCACCCCUAGACAUAGACCCAACCACUACCCGCCACCCCUAGACAUGGACCCAACCACUACCCGCCACCCCUAGACAUGGACCCAACCACUACCCCUAGACAUGGACCCAACCACUACCCGCCACCCCUAGACAUAGACCCAACCACUACCCGCCACCCCUAGACAUGGACCCAACCACUACCCCUAGACAUGGACCCAACCACAACCCGCCACCCCUAGACAUGGACCCAACCACUACCCGCCAACCCUAGACAUGGACCCAACCACUACCCCUAGACAUGGACCCAACCACAACCCGCCACCCCUAGACAUGGACCCAACCACUACCCGCCACCCCUAGACAUGGACCCAACCACUACCCGCCAACCCUAGACAUGGACCCAACCACUACCCGGACCAAAGAAGAAUUGACUGUCUGCUGAGAAUCACAUUGGUCUUGUAAACACCACGUUUGUUUUGAAAAAAAAUCAGUGUUAUAUAUUUUGGAUAAUUAAUUGUGUUUAUGUCAUGAAGCCUUGAUUGCGUUUGCGUCACAGGUCACUUUAAAACGCUUUCUCCUGCACCCCUGCAGACUUUGUGAAAUGUUACGCUGAUGCAGCAUGGCAGGGACGCACUGAAUCCCUGGUUAGCUUAGCCCAGCCUAACACGCAAGAUGGCUGCAAACAUGACAUGGUAUGCCAAGUGGAAUGCACUGGCCCCCACACUAGCCAGGUACACCUCCCAAAUGUGCCAUGUUGUAUUUAUUGAAUGUACAUUUCUAUAUUUGUAUAUGAAGCUGUAAUAUAUAUCGUUUGUGAUUGGAUGGCUGCAGAAUCCAACUUGAUGCCAGCUGCUGAGGGCAUUCAUGAGCUGAUUUGGUUUGAUUUGCAGUCAAAAGAUGCUUGAAUAAAUCCCUGAAAUGACCUUUCCCGACUGCUUUGACCUUGUUCUGCACCAAAAUGACAUUCUAUGACGACAUGUUUUAUCCAGUCCUGCCAACAUGGUACACUGUACGCUUUUCAAGCAUACUGACACGUUUGCCUCACGCUUCAAAGCAUUCCAUCUCGGGCCAUCCAAUCAUUACACAUUUGAAUCAAAUGAAUCAAUCAUGGUUAACCACCAUUUGCAACUAUGAGUGAAAUUUGUCCAUUUUAUGAAGGAAGGGACAAUCAUGUACUGUAUAUACUGUACUAUAUAUUUUUACUGUACUCUAUGAAGGAAGGGACAAUCAUGUAUAUACUGUAUAUUUGCAAGAACAGAUGACCAAAUGACCAAGAACAAAUGACCUGAACAUUGUACCCUCGCUAAAAGAUGGCACACGUACCUUUAAAAAUAGCACGACAUUUGAAUCACACUCCAAGCAUGUUAUGAGCCAGGAAGAGUUGUGUUCAAAGACACACAUAGCUUCAGAUGAAUUUGCACGUUUGGGGUGUGGGUGUAUUGUCUGGGAUUAGUGAGCAUUCUUAUUAUUGAAUGGAAGGAAUAUCACCUUACUGUUUGCUUUGUCUUUCUCUUUAUUUAGACCAGAAUAUUUAGACC